ACAUGUGAGAAACACGGACAUAUUAGUGUGACACACAGUGAAAGAACCAUGUGCAGGGUGUCGGGCUGGAUCUGUACUUGAGCUGUUGUAGACACACGUUUGCCGUCAUUAUGAACGUUAUUUCUCUUUGCAGAAUAAUAUAGUGUAGUAACAUUUAAUGUUGAUUUGUUCACCUUCUGUCCACCCGCGCUGAAUCAUGGGGAAAUCAAAGACCAAGAACCAGAAGAAAUCCCGAGCAACAGCCAACCAUGUGGCCGAGCAGAUCUACGGAGCUGUCCCCCACUCCUUCGUCUUUCAUCGGGGUCAGAUCGGGAAAAACGUGGGUCAGCUGAUCCUGGACGUGCGGAGAGUCAUGGAGCCCUACACCGCAGAGUCUCUGAAGGUUAAGAAAAAGAAUGUGCUGAAAGACUUUGUGGCCAUUGCAGGACCACUGGGAGUGACACACUUCAUGAUCUUCAGCAAGACCACCAGCAGUAUCAACAUGAGACUUGCUCGACUUCCCAAAGGUCCCAUGCUUCAUUUCAGAGUCCUCAAGUACUCGCUCAUCAAAGAUGUGGUUUCAUCUCUGAAGAAGCACAGGAUGCACGAGCAGCAGUUCACACACCAUCCACUACUCAUCCUCAAUAACUUUGGAUCUGAUGGCAUGCACAUAAAACUCAUGGCCACCAUGUUCCAAAACAUGUUUCCUUCCAUUAAUGUGCAGAAGGUAAGCCUCAACAACAUCAAGAGGUGUGUGCUGCUGAAUUACAACCCAGCGUCUCAGGAGAUAGAAUUUCGACAUUACAGUCUGAAGGUCGUCCCUGUCGGCAUGAGCCGUGGAGUCAAGAAGCUGAUGCAGGAGAAGUUCCCCAACAUGAGCAAGUUUGAGGACAUCAGUGAGCUGCUGAUGAAAGGGGCGAACCUCUCAGAAAGUGAAGCAGAACAAGAUGGGGAGCACAACAUCACCGAGCUGCCGCAGGUCUACUCUGGAAGAGGCAACAUGGCGUCCCAACAGAGUGCGGUUCGUUUGACCGAGAUUGGUCCUCGCAUGACUCUGCAGCUGACGAAGAUCCAGGAAGGCAUGGGAGAAGGGAACGUCCUUUAUCAUGCUCUCGUCUCAAAGACAGAGGAGGAAAUACAGGAGAUCCUGAACAGGAAGGAGGCUCAGUUAAAGGAGAAGGAGGAUCGGCGGAAAAAGCAGGCGCGGAAUGUUGCUCAGAAAAAAGAGAAACGAGAAGAGCACAAGAAAAACAGCCUGGAGGGCAUCAAGCGGAAACAUGCUGAAGCUGAAGAGGACAGUGAGGUGGAGGAUCCCGGCAUGCAGGACGAUCAGGAAGUUGUCGCUGAAUCUGAUGAUGAGGUGGAGUACUACAGACAAGCUGUAGGACUGGAACCAGACGAAGACAUGUUCCCUAGUGCCAAGAAGAGGCGGAGCUCAGAAAAGUCUCACGGACCUGCCAAGAAGAGGAAGCUGUCGAGAAAAGACAGUGAUACUAAAUCGCCAAAGAGAAACGGUCCAGGAGGACAGCACAGAGACAAAAUGGGAAAAGGAUGGAAGAAAUCCGGGGACAGGGAGAAAGCAUUUGGAAAGAAAAUGAAUCCUGGAGGAAAGACAUUCAGAGGCAAGAAACCUGGCGAUAGAGAAAAUAAAUUUGGUGGGAAGAAGAAAUUUGAAGGGAAAAAAACAUUUGGUGGAAAGAAAAAUAAGGACAAAACAUUCAAAUCUAAAGGUCAGAAAGGCAAGCCGGGCUUCAAGAAAGGUGCUGGAGCGAAGCAAGGAUUCAAACAGAGGAAGGGAAAAGGUUGCAAGAUGGUGAACAAUUUCACUGUCUGUGAGAAGUUUCAAAUAGCCCUGCUGCCCCCACUGUUUGGAAUAGAGUUCAUCUUGGCCUUGGCGGGAAACCUGUUUGCCCUGUGGCUACUGGUGGUCAGAGAGAGAAGAAACUGGCACACUGGUGUUGUGCUGUCUUGUAACCUGGCCGUCAGUGACCUGCUGUAUGUCCUGACCCUGCCUCUGCUUGUUGUCUACUACAAAAUGGAGAAAGAUUGGACUUUUGGUGUCACUGCAUGUAAAAUCGAGAAGUUUCUUUUCACCUGCAACCUGUAUGUGAGCAUCUUCUUCAUCAUGGCGAUAAGUGUAAACCGAUGUGUGGCCCUCGUGUGUCCCUUCUUCACCCGAUCCUACAUAGAGCCUGCCCAUGCCAAAAUCAUCAGUGUCAUCAUCUGGAUCAUCGUGGGAGUCAUUUCCUGCCCUGUGUUGAAAUUUGCCACCAUUAAGCCCGGUAAUAACACUAUGUGUCUGUCCUUCUCUGAUGAGGAAGAAAACCCUCACUUCACUUACAAGAUGUUUCUGUCUGUGUUUGGAUGUCUUGUUCCCUUUCUGGUGACUUUCACUUCUUACUGUAUGGUGAUUUGGGUGGUGUGGAGAAAUGUCAGUAUAACCACGCUGGAGAAACGCAAGGUAGCUCUGCUGGUCACAUCAGUGCUUGUGUUAUAUGCUGUUUCCUUUGUGCCUUACCAUAUCUUUCAGACCUAUCACCUGUAUCUGAGAAUCAAAUAUCCAACAAACUCUGUCUGUUGGGCCUACAACAUGUACCAGGUGUCCAAGGGACUGGCAAGUCUGAACAUGUGUAUCCACCCAAUCCUUUACAUGGCUUUGUUUGACAGUAUAAGAGUAGCUUGUUGUGGGAAGAGCCCAGGGGAAACGGUGGUGUAGUGAUGAAGUAGAGCUACUGUCUGAAACCUUUUCUGUCAAGCACAUCCUUACUGCUCGUUGAAAAAAUUUUAAUCUACACAGAAAUUCUUUCUGCUCUAAAUAUUUGAGUUGUUUUUGAUAUUGUCAAAAGUUAAAGUUCUGUAUUAUUAACUACGUAACAUAACGUCUAAUAAAAAUGUCUUUGUUGCUAUAA